AUGCAACAUAUAUAUGCAAAUGAUAAUUCAAUACCUCAACAUGAUACAGACUUAUACACGCAAUCGAAUCAUAUUCAUCAACAUCCUAUGCAUCAUCAUUUACAAUAUCAACAUGAAAAUCCUUCUCUUUCACCGCAACAAUCAUCAACAAGUGAUGCAGAUGAAACAUCAACACCUCCACCAUCACUUAAUAGAGGCGGAGUGAAUGUUACUGUAUCUGCUAAAAUAGUUAAGAAAAAAAAACAACCAAAAAAGAAACGUAAAGAUCCUAAUGAACCUCAAAAGCCGGUUUCUCCAUAUGCACUUUUCUUUCGUGAUACACAGAAUGAUAUCAAAAAGAAAUUGGCUAAUCCAUCAUUUGGAGAAAUCUCAAAAGUUGUUGCUCAUAUGUGGGAAAAUAUUGAACCAGAUGUAAAAGAACAAUAUAAACGUAAAGCAGCUGCAGCGAAAAAAGAAUAUCUUAAACAAUUAGCUGCAUAUCGAGCCGUUCAAGUUUCACAUCAAACUCCGAAUAUGCAUCAUAUUCUUGGACAAAAUACAUUAUUAUUUGAUCCGAAUUCUAUGCAAAUUCAAUCAUCUAUUCAACAUCAACAAAAACAAUAUAAUACUGCAGGAAUUGGUGGUGGUGGUGGUGGUGGACCUAUGAUGAGUGAUAAUAAUAAUUUCUUAUCACCUCAUCAUCAUCAUCCUCACCUUGCAUCUUACAAUCAUCAUCACCAUCAUCAUCAUCAUAGUCUUCAACAAUACUGUCCACCUCCUCCUCCUCCGCCUCCUCCUCCAUCAAUUCAACAACAAUUUAAUAAUUAUCAUUAUAUUAAUACAUAUUCUCAAGAUACAGCAAAUGUUUAUAAUCCCGAUUCUCAAAUACAUUUCUCCAAUCAUCCACAUCAUUUUGAUACUCAACAAACAUAUUCUUCAUAUGAUUCAAAUAAUAAUUAUGGCGAUCAACAACAAUAUGGUCUACUUCGACCAGCUAUUGAAUCUGAACUUUAUUCAUCAUAUUAUACCCAAUCAUCAAAUGAUGUUGAACAUCCAACUAUUGAUCAAUCAUCCAUAUCAUCAAUAGCAAAUGAAAAUUUAUUACAUAAUUUAAAUAAUAAUAAUACACCUACGAGUAGUAGUAAUAAUAAUACACCACAUUAUACAGAUUUAACAGCCAUGUCAUCAGCAGCAGCAGCAACAACAAAUAAUGGUAUUGUAGAAAAACAUUAUGAUUUUGUUAGUAGUAUUCAACAUGGAACAACAACAUUGAAUGAAAUUGAAAAUCAUAAUAAAGAAGAUGAUCAAUCAACAUUACCUAUAAGCAAUGAAAAUAAUUUUCAUUGGAAUCAAACAACCUGUCUAGCCACUCAGUGGUGA